UGCUUGUGCAACUGGCGUGGCCGGCCACGCCAAUCCAAAUCGUUUUCGUGUCGCGUCCUUGGCGUCGCGUUGAAUCGUGGCAGUCGCGUGGGCAUCGUGCGCAAGCUAAGCUUUCAUUUGCUCUCCUAAAUUACGAAAGUGUGUCAGCGUUGACAUCAGUUAUUUUGUGCCGAACAGUUUAAACUGGAUAUGACGUUAAGCCGGCUACGGUGAGACUCUUGCUGUCACGCAUUGUCUAGACUUGGUCUAGACAAGCUACCGAGCGCCGGUUUUGCUCCGACGUUAGGUGCCUUCUUUUGUGUGUCGUGGGAACGGUGACACGGCGAACAGUGACAUCAACCAGCGUAGCGCAAUGAAAGCUGCGACAGUGAUCUUUAUUGUCGUGCUAUGGCCGUGUAGUACACUGUGCGACGAUUAUUACAAACUCUUGGGCAUCGAACGGGACGCAGACAGCCGUGACAUAAGGCGAGCAUUCAAGAAGCUAGCUCUGAAGUUUCAUCCCGAUAAGAACCAGGGUGAUUCAGAAGCGCACGAUAAAUUUGUGAAGAUCAACAAGGCGUAUGAAGUGUUAAAGGACCCCGACGUUCGAAAGCGUUACGACACUUACGGAGAAGAAGGAUUGGACGGUGACCAAAGCGGAUGGGGACGCCAGUAUCACAGCUGGAACUACUAUUACGAGAAGUUCGGCAUUUACGACGAUGACCCCGAAGUGGUGACACUGAGUAGAAACGACUUUCAGAGCUCAGUUGUUGAAUCAGAGGACGUCUGGUUUGUUAACUACUAUUCUCCACAAUGUUCGCAUUGCCACCACCUUGCUCCCGCCUGGCGUCAGCUGGCCAGAAGUUUCGAAGGAGUUAUUAGAAUUGGCGCAGUAAAUUGCGAAGAAGAUUGGCAGUUGUGCAGACAGGAAGGCAUACACGCUUUUCCCUCAUUGAUCUUCUAUCCAGAGAGGGAAAAGUACAGCGGUUCUAGAGACUUCGACGAUAUGAAUGAUUUUGUGUUGCGUCGGCUUCCGGACCUUGACAUUGAUAUAUCGGAAACUGGCCUCCUACAGGCAGAAGCCAGCUCACUGCUUAGAUCAGUAGUAGUUGCGUCCUGUACUAGCACUGACAUGUGCUUAGCAAAAGAAGAGCUCAAGAAGUUGGCCGUAGCACUUAAUGGCCUUGCUUAUGUCUCUCGUCUUGAUUGCAGUAAAGAGGCAGCACUGUGUAAGAAGUUAGGAAUUAGUGAUGGAGUGUACUUUUUUGAAGCAGCAACUAGUGAGCUUAAAAAACCACGAGAGUUAGAGGGAAGUGAUGCCUCUGAAUUGCGGAAAGCUGUUCUGAAAGAGCUUCCUAGUUUUGAGCCAAUAACAUCAGAGGUCUUUAAUGGCCUGAUUCAGCAGCUAGAUGGCAGUGAUGAGUCUGAACCAUGGCUUCUGCAUUUCUCUAAGAGCAAACAGCCUGACACAGCUGCAGAGCUAGAGUUAAAACAUAUAAGAGGUUACAUUCAGUCUGUGCGUCUGGGCUCUGUUGACUGCAGCCAAGAGGUAGAUGUUUGUGUGCAGUUUUCAGUCACGAAAUCCCCUGUCUUCAUUCUCCUGAGAUCGAGUGGCGAAUACGAAGUAUAUCAUGGUCGUGUUAAUGCACGAGAUUUAGCUUCAUUUGCAAAGGAAAGUGCAGCGAGUCGUUUGCAGGCUUUAACAACUGCAACCUUUGAUAGAAAGGUAUUGCAGGGCAGAACUACAUGGUUAGUCGAUUUUUUUGCACCUUGGUGUCCACCAUGCAUCCGAACACUUCCUGAACUGCGAAAGGUAUCGCGUUCUUUUGAAGAUGUGAUGUUUGGCGUUGUUGAUUGCACUUCAGAUGCUUCACUCUGCCAAAGCAAUGGGAUCAGUUCUUAUCCAAGCCUUGUUUUAUUUCAUAACAGUUCAACAACAUCUCUGAGUGGCUACAGAACUGCUGCAGAGAUCAAGGAGUUCAUUGAAAUAUCGCUUGACCCAAAAGUGAUAACACUCAGCCCUGAAACAUUUAAAGAGCUGGUAGAAAGCAAAAGUGAAGAUGAUGUUUGGGCUAUAGAUUUUUUUGCUCCUUGGUGUGGACACUGUAAGAAAUUGUCACCUGAGUGGAACAAAUUUGCCAAGAUAGUCGCUGAUGAGGCAAACAUAAAUGUUGGCCAACUUGACUGUGACGCCCACAGACAGUUCUGUGCUGAACAUGGUGUGCGCUCCUAUCCCCAUCUUCGUAUCUAUCCUCGUGGACGUUUCAGCAGUCGCCAUUACUCAACAUUCAAUGGCUGGUCAAGGGAUGCAGCAUCUUUCAGGGACUGGGCAACGCAUUUCCUUCCUAGCAGUGUUGAAGAACUUGAUCAUCAUGCUUUCUAUAAGGAUGUUCUCGGUGACACUACACCGUGGCUUGUAGACUUCUAUGCUCCAUGGUGUGGCCACUGUGUGUCAUUCAGGCCUGUGUUUGAAUCAGUUGCAAAAAAGUUUGAAGGCAGAGUAAAAUUUGGUGCUGUAAACUGUGAGGAGCACUGGCAUGCUUGUGAUGCAGCACAAGUACACCGUUAUCCUACAGUUAUGUUCUUUGUUGGUAAGACUACUAAGAUUCAGUCUGCAGUUGGUAACAUAAUUCAUGAUCAUAGAGAAGCCGACUUGGUGAACACAUUAGAGUUAUUUCUCAAAGAAAAAUCUAGGUCUAAAAGAAUUGAUGAUGAGCUGUAAAAUCAAGCCUAUUGUUUAGCAACUGAAAGGGGGGUAUAUAUACUUUGUUCGUGUAUAUAAUUUCACUGCUGCGAAAAAACUUUCUCUACAAGUUUUGCCCUUUGCUGCACACCAAAGCAGCGGCAUGUGUUCCAAAUGUUUUUACUCAUUGAUCAUGUUUGAAGGAUUUUGCCUAGUCAUUUUUAAAGCAGACUGUGCAAGGAAAGGCAAAGCAGUGAUAUUUCAUCUUCCUGCCUAAAUGCCAAAAGAACAGUGCCGAGCUUUAUUGCUGCACAAGCGACUGGAUAAAAAAAUGCAAUGCCUAACUUUUCAGUCAGAUGUGCACAUUUUCGCAAACACAAAUCGGUUUUAACAGUUUCGUGCAGUGGUGCUAAGGGAAAAGUCGCGAACUUUGAACUGCAUGUAAUUUUGACCCUCUGCCAACCUUGUGUGGCUCCAUUUUCAGUGCUCAUGGAUAGCUACACACUGCAAUUUUACUGAAGGCACUGCCACCACAAUGUUAGACAAAUAUUUUGACAUUCUGUGUUCUAUGACCAUUGGAAAAGGAGAGCUUUCCCAUUCUGAUAUCUGGAGCUCACAAUUGAGCAUGUUUUGAGCAAGUGGUUAAUUUUGUUUUGUUAAAAAAAAGAUGAGACGUAUAAUGAAAUUAUAUUUAAUUGUUCUAUUAUAUGUACUAAUCACAAGCUGCACAAGUUAUUGUUCCACUGCCUCAAAAGAGUGUUAUCCAAAGCAUCUAAAAUAGGUCUUGCUUCCUUUUAAUGAUAAAAUGUUUGAGUAAGAACCAAGAAUGAUGGGAGAAACAUACAUGUUAUAACUCACUAUUAGAUGGGAAAUUCAGAAGCACGUUCUAUAUAAUUUGGAUUCUAGAAACAUUCUGAUUGAACAUCGGGAUUUUCUGCUUUUAUAGCGAACUUUAGGCAUGUUCAGAGCUGCCAACAUUAGUCUGCUUAUGGCCUAUUGACAAGCCUUUUUAAUGGAGCUCUAAUAAGAAGCUCAGCUUUUUUUUUUUGCCUUACUAUAGCAGUAUUAGAAAAUGCCUAGCCAUGUUGAGCUGUUUCAGGGUUUCAAACACUUGUAUGCAUACUUUGUGAAGAAACAGUGACCAAACAUGUUCAUAUGUUAUCCCGCUUGUUACGUUAAAAGUUUCUCUGCUCAAAUGGCUAUGAUCAGUAGACGAGCUGGGCAUAAUGGGCAAGUGUGGCCUUGUUGCUAACGCAUCUUGGAUAAGUUUUGCAUAGUGAAAGUAAAAGACAGGACAAAGAAAGCACUGCGAGUCCUUGUGUGUCUUUUGUCCUCUUUUUUACUCACAUUAUGCAAAACCUAUACAAAUGUAGAGUCAGUCACGAAAGUUAUGUGGGACACUGGUUUCAUGAGAAAUGUUCAUUUGUGCUCUGUGAAGGUUUGGCAUGCCAUUUAUUAUGUAUCAGUGUGUAGCUUAGAGACUACUACAAAUUGAAACUUCAUUUAAGGCUAUGUGCUGAAGCUUUGCAAUAAUAUAGCUUUUAUGUAAAUCCUAAAUCUCAAACUUUUGUGGAAGACCAUACUUUACACGGUGCUACCCGCAGCAGCUUGCUUUCCAAUGACUUUAUAGAUACAUUUCUCGUUGUUAGUUCAGUUUUAAAGGGGUCCUGAACCACCCCUUGAGCUUGGUGGGAAAAAAAUGCAGACAGCGGAAAGCAGAUGGUGCUGUGAACAGCCCAGCCGAACCUUGCAGUCAUGCGUGGAGAGGAGAGUUCACAAGUUGAGUGCAAAGUUGUCACUUUCUCAAGCGCCCUCUCUUCAUACAGAGGCCUGUACACUCUUCGGAGGACCGUCAUACAACAGACUUUUCGCCAUACAACAGGUUGCUGCUAUUGGCCGAUAGCUUACAAAAACCAAGAGCGGCAUUUGGAUGAGGUGCGCUUCUUGCCAUGUGGUGCCACGAUGUGCUGGAUGCCGUGCUCUGUAGUGUGCUAUAAAUACACAGUAGCAACACGGGUGUGCACUGGAAUAAUGUUGAGAGUGAUCGCGUUUCAUGACGUGUGCUCAAGGUCACGGUGCGCACAUGACAUAGCUUCUUUCCCCCUUGUCAUCCCUCCCUGUGUCGCUUCCAGCUCGCUUAUUGGAACGGAAAAAGAGAGGACGCACUCAAAGUGUACGACAAAUCCUUGUAACUCUGCUCGUACUUGAGGAUUCAGAAAUUUUUUACGGCGGUCAAUUCUUGAGGCAAUAACCUUGGAUACUAAUGUCGACCAAUCAUUACGUGGUCAAGUGGUUCAGGGCCCCUUUUAUGAGGUGCACUAACAUGCCAUUUCACUCACAAGAAAAAAAAAGAAAGAAAAGAUGCUUAUAUGUGCUUAAGUUUAUUCUACAAGCUGCCCAGUCUUUUGUAUUUUAUUGGUUGUGUUCUUGCAUUGGACCAUUCUAAGCACGGGCAGCAAUCCAAACCCCACAUGUUCAGAAGAAGGCACGCUAGUGUCUAUAUGUUGUCAUAUGUAUAUUUUUAAUAGAAUCUUGCAAGUUUGGGAUGCAUUUAUUUAGGAAUGGUUAUUUUCACACUUAAUAGUAAUUGACCAGAAGAGUUCACAAAAGAGGAACUGUGACAAAAUUUGUGGUACAGCAUGACAUUGCACUUGUGCAGUUACUACAAAAUAUUAUUUAGCUCAGCCUUCUUGAGAGUAACAUACAUUGGCAAAUAUACGUCAAUGGGGGGAAAUUGUUGGCAUAGGGGUACUUUUUGCAUGAGGUCAGGAAAAUGCUUCUAUUCUUUUUUAAGUGACCUGCUUGUGUGGUUAACUAUUUUCUUUAUCCCUACACUUUGAGAUUUUGGUUGUUUGUAUAUAAGGUGUGAGACCAAGGGAAUUGUUUCUUGGAGCACAAAGGGAUCAAUGGCAGGCACGUCAUGCCUUUUUGGGAGGAGCCUCUCCAACAUUCUUGACUUGUCACAGACUAUAGCGACCACUGUUGUCAUUCGUUUAUGUUGCUUACAGUCACAGCUUUAUAUGUAAACAUUUCGUGCGGAUGUAAUUAUUUUACACAUUUUGUAUGCAUUACUUUACAUGAUUGCAGAGCUUGCUGUUUCUCUGCAGGUUUACACUGAUGCUCGUAAGAAUUUUACACUAAUCUUCUUUUUUUUGUGUAUCCUGUUUACACAUUCUUUUGCAUUUGUAACUGCCGGCAUGUGGACUAGGGCUCAAGACUAUGAACCGUAUAUGGAAAUAAAUUUUUGUCGUUGUCA